UUGACGGAAGCAAUUUAAUUUUCUUGUCAGAAUUUGCGUAUAUAAACCUGAAGACCCUUUAGGAAACCAAAAUAUUGAGAAACAAUAGAAAAAAAAAAUGGAUCUGAAAGUUGAAACUGGAGGAGCUUACAAAGAUGAGAGAUUGGGUUGGGGCAAAUCUUUGCCAGUUCCAAGCAUCCAGGACAUUGUCAGGAAUGAUUUUCAAUCAGUUCCUGAAAGAUACAUACAUGAAAACAUGGACAGGCCACAAGUGCCUGACAACUUGCUUGCUUCACUUGAAAUUCCUAUCAUAGAUUUCUCUUUGCUAACUAAAGGAGAUGAAGAUGAAAUAAGGAAGCUAGACUUUGCCUGCAAGGAGUGGGGCUUUUUCCAGAUAAUAAAUCAUGGGGUUGGAGAGAAGGUCCUGAAUAAGAUGAAGGCAGCUGUAGCAGCUUUUUUUGCACUGCCACUCGAAGAGAAAAAGAAGUAUGCAAAGGCAGCAAAUGAAAUUCAAGGAUAUGGGCAAAACUUUGUCGUCUCGGAGGACCAGAAACUUGAUUGGUCGGACAUGAUAUACUUAAUCACUGUCCCUCCUGAAAACAGGAAUUUCAAGUUCUGGCCACUUACUUUACCAGGUUUCAAAGAAGCAGUUGAAGAAUACUCAGCAGAAAUACAAAAGGUUGCUGAGGAAAUCUAUGCUAACUUUUCAGUUUUAAUGGGACUGGAUAGAGAUGGUUUAAAAAGAUUGCAGGGAGAGCUCAAACAAGGAAUAAGAAUGAACUAUUACCCUGUUUGUUCAAGGCCUGAUCUUGUUCUUGGUAUCAGCCCUCAUUCUGAUGGUAGCACAUUCACCUUGCUUCUGCAAGAUGAUGAGGUCACUGGCCUCCAAAUUAGGCACAAAGAAGCCUGGAUUCCUGUUAAACCAAUUCCAAAUUCCCUUGUGGUGAACAUUGGUGAUGCUACAGAGAUUCAGAGCAAUGGAAUGUACAAAAGCAUUGAACAUAGAGCCAUCACGAAUGAGGAGAAACCAAGAAUAUCAAUUGCAACAUUCAUGUUCCCAGACGAUGAACAAGAAAUUGGUCCGCUUGAAUCAAUGAUAGAUGAUCACCAUCACCCUAGAAUGUACAGAAAUAUCAAGUACAUUGAUUAUAUCAGGGAAAAGUUUGCCAGGAGAAUGGAGGGAAAAGCACACACUGAUUUUGUGAAGUUAACAAGGAAGUAA